CCCAGUAAAUGCACUGAUAGCAAUUGGAUGCUGCUCACGAUGACAGCCGCAACCCCGCGCUUCUGCACUGUGGGUUAAAAUCCCGUGAGUUUUCUUCUGCCCGCUCCCUGAUGGCCUCGCUGCCGGAGCGUCGGGCGUUUGCGCUCAAAAUCAACAGGCACUCGUCUGCUGAGAUCCGCAGGCACUUCAGUGGGCUCAGCUAUGGCACUGCUCAGAGCGGCCAGCACCAGCGCCACAGCUCUAACGUCUCUGGAUCUGUCUGUUUCAACGUUCCUCAGUCUUAUGAAGCAGUGGACCCGCUGGAUGUGGAGGAAUUCCUGAUGACACAGCUGCGCAGCGGAGAUGCCGAGCUCAUGCAGGAGCUGGGCGAAUUUCCUGACGAUGAUUUGGAGGUGGAUUUAGUGGACAGGGAAUGUCGAACUGCCUACCACUCUGUCCCUGAGGAGGGGUUGGAACUGGAUCCCCAUGUGAGGGACUGUGUGCAAAGUUAUACUCAGCCUUGGCUAGUGGUCAGCAGAAGAUGCCAAGGGGAUGGAUGGAGUGCGUAUUCGGAGAGGACAGGCUUUCACAAACAACUUCUGAAGCAAACAUUCGAGUCUGAUGUGCAACCAGAAAAACAGGAGCAACCGGUGAAGUCUCCGUCUUUGGCAUUGUCAUGUGAUGACGACAGCACACGCAGCACUAUCACCUCCUCGGAUUUUGACCUUCGGGCACUUCAGCCAGACCCUCGUCUCAGCACCCUCCUGCAGUUCAGUAACUCUGAGGACCUUGAUUGCUUUAACCUCGAAGCCAGACAGAACAACCGCCAACCAGAACUUUUUGCACUCUAUCCACCUACUGAUGAGGAAGAUGCAGUGGAAAUUCGGCCCAUUCCUGACUGUCCAAAGGAACACAUGGGCCUCAGGAUCCUUGUUCGAUGCCAGACCAUCAAGUUUGAAAUUGAGAUCGAGCCCAUGUUUGCCACCAUGGCCCUGUAUGACCUGAAAGAAAAGAAGAAGAUUUCAGAGAACUUCCACUUUGAUCUAAACACGGAUCAAAUGAAAGGCUUUCUGCGACCCCACAUCCCUCAUACUGACACCUCCACAUUGGCAAGGGCUGCCAUUUUCUCCAUCUCCUACCCUUCUCCAGACAUCUACCUAGUCAUUAAGCUGGAAAAAGUUCUGCAGCAGGGUGAGAUUGGAGACUGUGCAGAACCUUACAUAGGGAUGAGUGAUAAUGCUAAGAACAAAGACAAGCUGGAGAAACUUCGAAGUCAGGCAGAGAACUUCUGUCAAAGGUUGGGUCAGUACAGGAUGCCCUUUGCCUUUGGUACAGCCAACAUCAUGAAUGUGAUCAGCACAGCCACACUGGAACGAGACACGACAGACUCGGAUAGUAUUAACGGCAAGAACAAUGUGGACAAGAAGGCUUACCUGCCCAGACGCAACUCGGAGAAGUUCACCACCCUGGAGGACCAGUCCAACCUGUCCAGCUUCAAACCUGCUGUCAUAACCAUUCAGACCCUUUUCAAACAGGAAGGGGAGCGUCUCAGCGAUGAAGACUUGUUUAAGUUCCUGGCUGACAUCAAGAGGACAUCCACUAUUCAGCGACGGAUCAAGAUCAUACCAGGCUUUCUAAAGCUAGAGGUGACUCCAGUGCCAGAUACAGUGAUGCAGUGUCUGUCUCCUGAGCUCAUCCCUAUUAAACCUGUGUCCGAGAAACCCGUGCGCCCUGUCAAAGAAUUGCUCGAGUUUCCGUCCAACGACGUCUGCGUCCCUCACUGCAUAUACAGAAACCUGCUGUUUGUGUAUCCUCAGAGACUCAACUUUGGUAAUCGAACUUUGGCAUCUGCCAGGAACAUUACCAUAAAGAUCCAGUUCAUGAAUGGAGAGGAGCCACUGAAUGUUAUAUUUGGGAAAUCAAGUGGUCCAGAGUGUCUAUCAGAGAUCUACACCCCGGUUACAUACCAUAACAAAUCUCCAGAUUUUUAUGAAGAGGUGAAGAUCCGGCUACCGGCUCGUCUGACUGAGAGACACCACCUGCUUUUCUCCUUCUUCCACAUCAGCUGCCAGCAGAAACAGAACCAGAACCUGGAGACUCUCAUUGGAUACUCGUGGUUACCCAUUCUCAAUAACGAGAAGCUGCAGAUGGGAGCUUUUUGUCUGCCCAUUGUUCUUGAACGUCUUCCUGUGAACUACUUGUUACAUUCACCUGAGAAAUUGCCAAUCCAGGUUCCACCAGUAAAGUGGAUUGAUGGUCAUAAAGGAAUUUUUAGCCUGGAAAUUCAGGCUGUGUCUUCAGUUCAUACACAGGAGAGUCACCUGGAGCGCUUCUUCACUCUGUGCCAUGCUCUGGAGGGGAAGGCUAUAUUCCCUAUCCGUGUAGGGGAUGACAAAGUGCCAGAAAACAAGCUGGAGCAUGAGCUAAAGCUCAGCAUCAUCUCUCUGUCCUCCUCCAAGCUGGAGCCACUUGUACUCUUCCUCCACCUGGUCCUGGACAAGCUGUUCCGCCUCAUCACGCAGCCCAUGGUCAUCGCUGGCCAGACUGCCAAUCUGGCACAGAUAGCGUUUGAGUCAGUGGUGUCCGUAGUGAACAUCCUUCAUAACAGCCAGGAACUGGCCAAGGACCACCAAGGCAGGAACUGUCUCCUAGCAACCUACCUCUACUAUGUGUUCCGGUUGCCAGAUACUCUGCAUGAAGUCGUUAACACAGGUGUACUGGUACAGGAGAGCAGGUACAGCACUAUGGGCCGAGCCACAGCCACAAGCAUAGGCAACAUGCUGCUCCAUUCUCGUGUCCGCUCCAGCAGCAACCCAGAUAUUCCUAAUCCACAAAGCCCAGAGGAUGCUGAAGUGAACAGCAUACUGGUGGAAAAGGGUUUGAAUCACCCGGGCAGCAGGAUGUCCACUUUUAUUGAUGUUACCAACCGCUAUCAAAAUUCCCCUAGUAGCACACGGCCCUCAAGCAGAAAGCAAUUCCAUGAAGAGCUGGCUCUUCAAAUGGUGGUGAGCACCGGCGUGUGCAGAGAGAACGUUUAUAAAUAUGCCUGGUUCUUCUUUGAGCUGCUGGUGAAAAGCAUGGCCCAGCAUGUCUCUCACAUGGACAAGCAUGGCGUGUCUCGCAAAAAUCGCUUUUCUGACCGCUUCAAGGACGACAUCACCACCAUCGUCAACGUGGUGACUGCUGAAAUUGGAACUAUACUGGUGAAACAGCAGAAGGAACAGGAGCAGGCUGAAAAGGUGAACAUUAGUCUGGCAUUUUUCCUUUAUGACCUGAUGUCUCUCAUGGACAGAGGAUUUGUCUUUAACCUGCUUAGGAACUAUUGUAACCAAAUGUCAGCAAAGAGUGUGUCCAUGUCCACUUUGAUUACCAUGAGGCUGGAGUUUUUGCGAGUGCUCUGCAGUCAUGAGCACUACCUGAACCUGAGCCUGUACUUCAGUAGCCCUGCGUCUGCUCCCACAUCCCCUUCUCCGUCUGUCACAUCACAGACCUCAAGUUCAUGUAGUUUCCCAGACCAUAAGAUUGCAGCCAUGUUUGAUCUGACUCAGGAAUUUAAACAGCAGCACUACAUGACUGGGCUGCUGCUGACUGAACUCAGCGCGGCUCUCGAUAUGGAAUCAGAAGGAAGCAAGGUGCAGCGCAAGGCCAUAAAUGCAAUUUGCAGCCUAUUGUGUGCUCAUGAUCUGGACCCCCGAUGCGCAAGGCUAGAAGUCAGGAGUAAGAUUGCUGCUCUCUACCUCCCCCUGGUGGGCAUCAUCAUUGACUCCCUCAACUACCUCGACUUCACAGUUUCUGAGUCACGUAGCAACAAGUCCAAGUCCAGCGGGCCAGACGACGACUUUGAUAACGUCGCUCCUAUCAACCAGUCUGUUGCAAUGGCAAUUGCAGGAAACCCGUUCAACACAUUGGCAAGAAAUGCACUGGUGUCCAUGGCCUCUGUGUCAGGUAGAAGCUGUAGCACGCUGUCUGUAGAGACCAGCCGUAACCUGCUGGUGUGUUUCCUGUGGAUCAUGAAGAAUGCAGACCAGAGCCUGAUCCAGCGCUGGGUGUUGGACAUCUCCUCCUCUCAGCUCAGUCGCCUCCUCGAGCUCCUCACCAUCUGCACCUCCUGUUUUGACUACAGGGGGAAGAGUUCAGAUAAAGUGAGUGUGCAGGCCCUACAGAAGUCUCAGCAGGCUAAAGCUCGUCUGGAAGAAGCACUACUGGGAGGCCUGGGAGCGAGAGGAGAGAUGAUGAAGAGGGUGGGAGCUAAUGACCGGACUCUGGGCCAGAAAGAGAACCUGCGAUGGAGGAAAGACCUCACACAGUGGCGCCAGACCAAUGACAGACAGGACAAAUCUAAAGCUGAGUUGGACCAGGAGGCAAUAAUCAGUGGGAAUCUGGCAACUGAAUCCAACCUCAUAGUCUUAGACCUGCUGGAGAUCAUUGUGCAGACUGUACCACUAGCAGACUACAAGGAUAGUGCAGUUGGUGGAGUCCUGAGGGUUCUGCUGCACUCGCUAACAUGCAACCAGAGCACCACAUAUCUGUCGCACUGCUUCAGCACCAUCCGAGCUCUCAUUGUGAAGUUUGGGGACAUGUUGUUCGAGGAGGAGGCGGAGCAGUGUGCAGAUCUGUGCCAGAAAGUGCUUCAGUACUGCAGCAGCUGUGUGGAGAGCAACAGGAACCAGGCCUGUGCUACACUCUACCUCAUCAUGAGAUACAGCUUUAGUUCUGCCAGUAAUUUCUCCAGAGUAAAGAUGCAGGUGACCAUGUCAUUGGCGUCUCUAGUAGGAAAGUCUUCGGAUGUGCACGAGGAGUACUUGCGCCGCUCUUUUCGCACCAUUCUUGCAUACGCAGAAGAAGACUCAGUGAUGCAAUCCACACAACUUCCUUCACAGGUGGAUGAACUUCUGAGAAAUCUAAACAGCAUCCUUUCAGAUACAGUCAAAAUGAAGGAGUUUCAAGAAGAUCCUGAAAUGCUAAUGGACCUUAUGUAUAGGAUUGCGAAGGGCUACCAGACAUCACCUGAUUUGCGCCUGACCUGGCUCCAGAAUAUGGCUGAGAAGCAUAACAGCAGGAAGUGCUUCACCGAAUCAGCUAUGUGCCUGGUGCACGCCGCUGCUCUGGUGGCUGAGUACCUCAGCAUGUUGGAGGACCACAAGUACCUGCCUGUGGGCAGCGUCACCUUCCAAAACAUUUCCUCUAAUGUUCUGGAGGAGUCAGCGGUGUCCGAUGAUAUCCUGUCCCCAGAUGAGGACGGCGUAUGUUCCGGACGGUACUUCACAGAGAACGGUCUGGUGGGGCUUCUUGAGCAGGCUGCAGAACUCUUCAGCAAUGGUGGAUUAUAUGAGGCAGUGAAUGAGGUGUAUAAGGUCAUCAUUCCCAUACUGGAGGCCCAUAGAGAUUUCCGGAAACUGGCCACCACACACGACAAUCUAAAAAGAGCUUUUGAGAACGUUGUUCAUAAGGGCAAUAAGAGGAUGUUUGGGACAUAUUUCCGUGUGGCAUUUUUUGGCUCGAAGUUUGGAGAUCUUGAUGAGCGAGAGUUCAUUUAUAAAGAGCCAGGAAUCACACAUCUCCCUGAAAUCUCCCACAGACUAGAAAACUUCUACAAACAGUGUCUGGGAGACGGUGUGCUGGAAAUGAUCAAGGAUUCCACGCCUGUAGACAGAAACAAACUGAAUCCCAACAAGGCGUAUAUUCAGAUCACGUUUGUGGAGCCGUACUUUGAUGACUACGAGAUGAAAGACCGUAUGACCAACUUUGAGAAGAACUUCAACCUGCGCCGGUUCAUGUACACCACCCCUUUCACCAAGAGCGGACGGCCUCGAGGAGAGCUGAACGAACAGUACAAAAGGAAAACCAUUCUCACCACACAGCACGCUUUUCCUUAUGUGAAGACACGAAUCAAUGUCAUUCAGAAGGAGGAGUUUGAUCUCACACCGAUUGAGGUGGCUAUCGAAGACAUGCAGAACAAAACCCGCGAGCUGGCUAUCGCCACUCACAAAGAGAAGCCAGACGCCAAGAUGCUGCAGAUGGUUUUGCAGGGCUCUGUAACCGCUACAGUUAACCAGGGACCAUUAGAGGUAGCCCAGGUUUUUUUGAAUGAAAUCCCAGCAGACCCCAAACUCUACCGUCAUCACAACAAACUACGCUUGUGUUUCAAAGAGUUCAUCCUACGGUGUGGGGAAGCGGUCGAGAAGAAUAAGCACCUGAUCACACCAGACCAACGAGAGUAUCAGCAGGAGCUGAAGAAGAACUACAAUAAGCUGAGAGAGAACCUCAGGCCCAUGCUGGAGAGGAAGAUCCCUGAGCUCUACAAGCCCAUCGUCAAACCUCGUUUAGAGAACAGGGACUCAGUCAAACGACACAGUUUUCGACGGAUUCCGGAGGACAGUUCAUGAUGUCGUGAGAAUGGAGGAGAAUGAGAGGAGAAAGUUCUCUAAAAGAGGGAGUUUCACCAUUUGGAGUGGAAGAGAAGCUCCGCUGAUGACUUGAGCUUCAUGCAUAGUAUUAUACAAUAUUUUAAAUUGUAAUGUUGACAUAUUUCAGUAGGAUGUUUUAUCCCCUAAAUUUUUCUUUCAUCUUGCUGUUGUCCCACUAAAAACCUUUUGGGUAUCAGUUUUACCAGGUUGUCUUCUAGAACUGGUAGUUUGUUUUUUUUUAAAUCCAGUGAUUUAAAUACCAGUUUGGACUCAAGUUUAAAUAAUAACCUUGAGUUUAAUUCGUUUACUUAAUUCACUGGCUCAAAGUUUAAUUGAGUUUGUAAAUAUUAAUCUUGAGUGACUAAGGAAACACCACACCACUUUUGUUUUCAUGAAAUCAAGAUAUAUAACCGUUUAUCACGCUUUUAAAUAAUCUGUUUUUACUGUCAAAUAUUCCAGCACCUAGAACACUGUAGAUACAUUAGAUACAUAUACUUUAACCACAUGCCUAAUGGGACUUUUUAAUGACCUACAGUCAUGGGAAGAACACCUUCUUCUGUUUUUAUUAUCUGCCUCCAAAUAAGAAUUGUGUGGGCCUCAUCUACAUAACAAAAUAACUUGUACGAUAAUAAUGUACGACAGCAACAGGAAAUAAAUUAGAAAGCUGCACAUUCACAGACAUGCUACAAUUGUUGCACUUUCUCAGGAAGUAGAGCCAUAAUGUUAGAUAAAGGGGUCACUAGUAGUAGUUUCUCUUAUGAUGUGUAGGUUCUGACCACGGACAUUGGUGGAAUUCUUGGACUGUAGGAGGAAGGUACUAGGUAAAUGUUUAGAUAGGGAUCAAGAUGAUGGAGCCACAUCUGGUGAAGUUUGGAGUAACAAAAUUGGCACUUGGUUGAGAGCAUUUUCAGCUUGUCUGGCAGAUUCACUGUUUGAAUCAUUGGUGGCAUUAUGCACAAACCUUUUGGAGUAUCCAAAAUUCUUUUUAUAACUUUUGUGAGGAAUCUUUCUAAUUAGACAGAAAUUAAUGUCACAGGGUGAACAAAACAUAUCUUGACCAGAGAACGCAUGGAUAUCUGGUCUUUAGAGUUUUGGACAGUGUUUAAAAAAUUAGGACUAUAAAUGUAUUUCCAGAUUAGGCUCAAAUGUUACCUAAUUGUGGUCAACAUGUUCCUUAGAGCCUCCUGAAUCAGUGUCUCAAAUUUCUUACCAAACGGUUGUAUAGACUUGCAUAGACACCUUAGCCAGGAGAAGAACAAAUGGCAGAAAGAUAAUAUGGUACCUACGCAGCUUCUGUGCUUGGCCCCCUAACGAUUGCUUGAUGUUGGUAUUGAGCCACCUAAUUGUUAUUUAGGCACUGCUAAAUAAAAACAUAGAUAUGAAGAAGGGUGCACUUUCUUUUUCCAAUGAAUGCAUAGACUUCUAGAUUAGAGUGAAAUACAUCAAACAAACAUCUCUACAAAAAUCUACAUGAUAUACAGGUAUCAGUUGUCUAAUGCAGUAAAGCGAGUAUAAAAAGUUACGGUGCAAAGUGACUGUCUACAUUCAAGUAGAGUAAAGGGAGGCUGAACAGAGACAGCUUACAUAACCCCAGGAAAGAAAAGCCUGUGACUUAUGUAAAGCCCACCUGCAGUAAAUAGUGAACAUCCUUUGAACCCCAUGUGUUCUGUUGCACAUUCAGUGCCUCGUGGAGCAGAUGGGAGGAAUUUCUCAUCUGCUGAGCCAGUGAAGUGAAAUGACUGGAUGCAUGACGCUGCACAGAAACAGAACGUUUGUUGGAAAUCUCUGAAAAAAUGUCAGUGUUUGAACCAGAUAUACUGAAAUUCUAAAAAUAGUUUGGUUCAGCUCUCUUUUGUUAGCAGAAUUUUAAUAAAAGAACUGCACAUUAAAAUCACGUCUAUACAAGAUUUACAAACUGCCCUGGUUACGUUAGACCUGAUUCUUUAUUCUUCAGGCUUUUGCUGCAACUAAAUAAUAAAAAAAAAAAAAUUUAUAUAUAUAUAUAUACACACACAUAUUUUUAGCAGAGUUAUAUAAAAUAGAUGUAUAUAUGUUUUAUUUUAUUUAUAGGAAGUUUGGAUUCUCACUGGUACGAGCAGCACUUGCUGUAGUGUUCCAAUUUACAAGUCCUCAUUACCUAACUCAAAUUUGUCAAUAUCAUAAAUGAAAUCAAUCACCAUUAGUCAAAACAAAUCACAUUACAAAACACAGAGUGUGUGAAACAAAUAUGGAUGGAGCAUUGAAUUACUGUAUGUUUUUUGUAUAUUUUCUGGAUUUUUAUUAACUUAGAUGUGCCAUUUGUUCAGGAGCAUUUUAGCUUUUUAUUUUGCUGUGCCAAUAAAACAAGCCGAUUUGUCAUACACAAUACCGCAGAUUGUAGUUUACUCUGUUUUUGGCAAGUAAUCUGUAUUGUUAUGAACGUCGAUGUACUAUCUGUUACACAUGUUGCUGCUCUUAACACUGUGAGAACUGUAUGGCCUUUAGCGUGUUUCUCCAGCACAAUACGGUUGUAUAUAUUUUUUUUUUGUAUCAUAAUAUUCCAAUGCACUCAAUAAAAAAAAACGAUUUAA